AUGCGUUUGCAAUUUGCCUUGGCUAUGCUAUUUGCCUUGAUGGUAACAGCAUCUCCAAUCACUGACUUUCUCAAUCGCCUCAAGCGCCAAAUCAUCCAAACCUACGAUGUCACCGAAGUUAUCUAUAAUUCCAAUGGGAAGGCACUUGCAACAACCAUCCUUCAUGUCACAACUACCGUCUACCCUUCCACCACACUGGCACCAGUCCCAACUGCGACUCCCACAGACUAUGUUUCGACUGCUUUGUACCACCACAAUAUCCAUCGCGCCAAUCACUCUGUGCCUCUUCUCAAGUGGGACACAAAGCUUGUUGCAUCCGCUCAGGUUCUUGCUGCAACAUGCAAGUGGGGUCACAACAUGAAUAUUAAUGGCGGUGGAUAUGGACAAAACAUUGCUGCAUACGGUUCCACCAAUGCUAAGGCUCUUGGUGCUAACAAGGAGAUGGCUGUCGCUGCUACAAACAUGUGGUACAACGGAGAACAACCCACCUACCUUCCUUCUUACUAUGGUAAGAACAACCCAGAUUUGACCACCUUUGAAGAUUGGGGUCAUUUCUCUCAAAUGGUUUGGCUUGGUACCAAUUCUGUUGGCUGUGCAACCCAACUUUGUCAACCGAUGGACAUUUGGCCAAGUAUGCCAGCUUGGUAUACCGUCUGCAACUAUUCUCCACCAGGAAAUAUGGGCGGUCAAUAUGGCGUCAAUGUCUUCCCGCCUCUUCGCCAUCCCUCCGUCAACGUAAUCAACGCUUAAGCAAUUAAGCAGCGAAGAUCUGCACCCCGAGACAAUUUGUCGACUUUUCACAAUCGACCACUCAGUGGGAUCAUUUCGCUUUUCACGCGACCACGACAAACUUUCCAGUGUUUCACGAAGGAGCACCGUUUACGUGUUUACAUGAAUUUACGUCUCCAUUUCCAUUUUCGCUUUUCGCACAAAAGCAAUUACUUGCCUCGUCACCUCCUCGUCGACCUUUCCUAUUUCAAAGAGCUGCUUUUCGCCUGUAGUCUUUUCAUCGCGUCAUUUGAAAUCAACUCUGAUCUAUUUCUUCAUCACCUCUAUGGCAAAAACUUCCAACAACACAACAUCUGGCAUGUUCCGCUUGUUGCGGUCCAUGUUUGGGUUUCUAGACGUUCAAGUCUCAGCCUAUAUUGUUGUCUGCGGGAUUCUCACAAUACUCGAAGACUUACAUAGAUAAGACAGAUAGAUUCGAGUCGGUUAUGAUAUCUUAUCUUAUCUUAUCUUUCGUCUUUCUCUUUUUCUCUCUUUGCUCUUUGUAAUUGGCAUAUACAUCAUAAUGGGGGCUUGUUUCGUUGGAAUUUCGUCUUUUCAGGAACCUUCUUUUCGAAGGCUGAGGGAGGAAUGAUAAGAUAGGAUAGGAUGGGUUGGGUCCACUGGUUGGAUGGUUUUAUGGAUGGAGUUUCUGCUUGAUAUUUGGGAGGGGUAUGGGCAAAAGUUCUAUGG